UAAGCUCCUCGCUUCUUUAUCCCACUUUGCUUGACCAAGGUUCACCUUUAAGGCCCCGAGCUGCUGCAAGUGUCCGGGAUGAGGGAAAGAGGGUCAAAGAGAAUGGGUAUGUGUGUCAGCAAGGGUUAUUUUUAGAGCGGUUGGUUAUCGGUCUUUGGACGUCUGACUACCAUUGCACUUCGUUGUAGCUGUGAUCUGUUCUCAGAAUAGGUCUCGUCCAUGUCACAUCGCGCACCGACCUAAACAGGACUGUUGAAUACUAGGCUACUGUAUGUUCUGUGAAUCCUGUGCUUUUUUCUUUCCUCUGCUUUGUGGGACUACUGCUGUGAGACAGGCUAAUGUCAGUUCAAAAUCAUUGCCCGACUUAUCUUUUUAGACUGCGGCUAGUUUAUACGUUAACUUCCCUCGGUGAGAAUACUCAUCAAUACUUACCAGACUGCUUAUUAGUGAACAAACAUAAAAAUAUCAGCUCUAAUCGUGGUGACAUAUAACCAAUGGAGCUGAUGGCACUGUGCUAAUUUUCUUAAAAAAAAAAAAAAAAAAACUUACACUAUGUUCAUUUCAUUAAGAAUGAAUAAUGUACACAUAUUUAUGCACCCCUUCAGGCAAUCUUGUGUUUAUUUCAAGUUUGUUUUGUGUGAAGACAAUGUGUCUUAUGUUUAAGAAAACAGCCUAUAGACCGCAUAAUUUUAAAAGAGAAAAACAACGAUAUUCUUUAAGCUAAAUAUAUUUAAAAUGAAUAUUGAACUCAAAAUGAAAUAAUAUAAAGGUUAUUAGUUAGGUGUAUCCUGGGCUACUUAGCUAAGAUUGAAAUGUUUAUUAGCCUAUAUUCAAUUUAAAAAUGUCAGAGCUAUUUGGAAUAUUACUAGAUUUCAUUUAACGAUUUAAUGCUUUAGCUUUAUAUUGUUGGACAGUAGCCUAUUAAUUAUCCAUAAAACCUGAGCCUGCUGGGCAGUUGUAGGCGCUUUCACCAUGUUUUGCUGUGGUGUAGGAGGAGGAGGGGCAGUGAAUGUCCGCAAGUACCGUACGUUCUGUUGAUAUAGAGAGCAGCGUCUGCUUGACUGGCUGGAUUUCAGCCGAAGACGUGCGCGCAGCAGUCAGCGCAGUCAAGGAAUUCUUGGAUUUAAUACAUGUAUCCCGAUGUAAUUUUAAACUGUCAGCCCGAGCAUGUCUUUUGGAUGUUUACAUGUGAAAUAGAUAUCGAGUGCGACCUUCAAAAAUCUGUUCCGUGAGUACAGUUUCGCUAACGUUAUCCUAAAUGUUUAAUAGACUGCGGGUUAAGCAGGCUGCGUUAAUUUUGAAAGUUUGUUUUAUUGCGCCGAUAUCGAGUGCCUUUGCAUAAUUUUAUUGUUAACUAACAACAAAUGAGCCACACACCAGUUGUUUUAUUUGCGAAUGGACAUCCGCUAAAUUAACUGGCUUCGGUCGUUUUAGAUGAAGUAGCCCAUAUUAUAACGUUAGAUGCUUUACAGCUCCAGCGAUUUUGUUGUUCCAACGAUUUUCUAUAGGUGGGUCGGCUGCGCUUUAUCGGCAAGUGACCUCAACUUUUUAUACAAUUUUGUUUUUCUGGGACUCUAAGAAAAGUGUUUUUUCGUGGCAGUACACACUGGCGUCCUUUCCAUAAUGACAGACUGAACAUCACUUGGCUGGUCAGACUUUGUUAUUGGAAAAAGUAAUUAAACAUUUUUACCAUGUCACAUGCAGAAGUUGACAUGGCUGGACUGGGUUUUCCAAACCUAUCGGCAGGUUUGGACGAGGAUUCCUGUCUGCCUGCCCGGGUGCCGAUGAUACGUAGGCACUCGUUGAAUACAAGAAGAAACUCUUACAUGCUUCACAAAAUAAAUGUGGAACUGGAACCCCAACUUUACGAUGGGUCACUCUCUAAGGCACUGUCGUGGUCUGCAGAAAACAUUUUGUCAGACACGUCGACGGUGGAGCAAAAGAUGGACUCCCCUUCGCCGGCAUCUCCCGUCUCUAGCCCGGGCACAAGUAUCAGUACUCCCCCUGGUACACAAAAUUCAGACCCCAUUCCAACGCUAGAUAACUGGGACGAGAGAGUGCCAAGCAGCUCGGAUUCUGAAGACGAAACUGCGCACAAUAAACACCAAAAGGUGAUUUUGUCACGGGCCCCGUUUGAAAGCAAAUGGGAGCAGGAAGAGAAAGAAGAGAUUGAAACCAAAGCUGUUGCUACUUCGCCUGAUGGCAGGUACCUGAAAUUCAACAUCGAAAUAGGAAGGGGGUCGUUCAAGACAGUAUACAGAGGCCUGGAUACGGAGACUACAGUGGAAGUGGCAUGGUGUGAACUGCAGACGCGGAAGCUGACCAAAGUGGAGCGGCAGCGCUUCAGCGAGGAGGUGGAGAUGCUGAAAGGCCUGCAGCACCCCAACAUCGUGCGCUUCUACGACUCCUGGAAGUCCACCGUCAAGGGCCACAAGUGCAUCCUCCUAGUCACCGAGCUCAUGACCUCGGGAACUCUGAAGACGUACCUGAAGAGGUUCAAGGAGAUGAAGCUGAAGCUGCUGCAGCGCUGGAGCCGACAGAUCCUGAAGGGCCUCCACUUCCUCCACACGCGCACCCCGCCCAUCAUCCACCGCGACCUCAAGUGCGACAACAUCUUCAUCACCGGACCCACCGGCUCCGUCAAGAUCGGGGACCUGGGCCUGGCCACCCUCAAGAGUGCCUCUUUCGCCAAGAGCGUUAUCGGGACCCCAGAGUUCAUGGCCCCAGAGAUGUACGAGGAGAAGUACGACGAGGCGGUGGACGUCUACGCCUUCGGGAUGUGCAUCCUGGAGAUGGCGACGUCCGAGUAUCCCUACUCCGAGUGCCAAAACGCUGCCCAGAUUUACCGCAAAGUCACCAGUGGAAUGAAGCCCGACAGCUUUUUCAAAGUAAAGGUCCCUGAGCUUAAAGAGAUAAUUGAGGGAUGCAUUCAUAUGGAUAAAGAUGAAAGGUACACCAUCCAGGACUUGCUGGAGCACACCUUCUUCCAGGAGAACAACGGCGUGCGCGUGGAGCUGGCCGAGGAGGACGACCUGGUGAAGCCGGGCCUGAAGCUGUGGCUCCGCAUGGACGACACCAAGAAGCUGCACGGGAAGUACAAAGACAACAACGCCAUCGAGUUCCUGUUCGACCUCUACAAGGACGUCCCCGAGGAGGUGGUUCAGGAAAUGGUGGUGCUGGGCUUUGUGUGUGAAGUGGACUACAAGAUUGUGGCCAAAGCCAUCCGCGACCGCGUCACGGCCAUCAAGCGCCAGCGCGAGAAGAAGAGGCGGCAGGCGGAGAAGCUGGAGAAGAAGAAGCAGGAGGAGGUGAUCGAGGAGGAGCCGGAGUCCGAGCCGCCGUCGCCCUGGCUGCUGAGCCACACCCCUGAGAGCUUGGCCCCUGCCCAGUCCCCGCCUGCCCUGACCUGCUCCUGCCCCGCCCCGUCCUUGGCCAACGUCUCGGCGGACUCCGGCAUCAACGCCACGUUCCCGGCCGAGCCCGAGGAGCCUGAAGCGGACCAGCACCAGCACUACCACAUCCGGCACACCAGCUAUUCCUCUGCCACCUCUGACUGCGAGACGGACGGCUAUCUCAGCUCAUCUGGACUGCAGGAUCCCCCGGAGGCCCUUCCCCCGGCAGUCGGUCCUUUCCCAUGCGCCCCAGCCCCGCCCCCACAGACUCCGCCCACUAGCGUCUCUCCGAUGCCAGCCCUCCGCUUUCCCUCGAGCAUUGCUGUGUCCCUCAGUACGGAGCGCGUCCACUCCGGGCCAGCCAGCGGCUUCUCCUCCCCGGUGGACAGCUACGCCUCGGAUGUGACGUCAGGACUGAGCGACGGGUACGAGGGGCUCUCGGAGAGGAGCGCCAAGUCUCCCACCAAACGCACCGCCGGCAAGCUCUUCAGGAGGAGAGCCCGCUCUCGCCUGCGUAUCACAGGGCUUUCAGACAAAGUGGACAGGGUGGUGGAGUGUCAGCUGCAGACGCACAACAACAAGAUGGUGACUUUCAAGUUCGACCUGGACGGAGACAACCCGGAGGACAUAGCCACAGUCAUGGUCCACAAUGAGUUCAUCCUCCCCUCGGAGCAGGAAGGCUUCAUCCACCGCAUGGGCGACAUCAUCAGGCGGGCCGAGGCCCUGAUGAAGAGGGAGCCCCCGGGUCCCGCCGACGCCCAGGGGGGCCCCCGCCUGCCCUACCUGAGCGGGGCCGGCACGCUGUCCGCUUCGCAGCCCAACCUGCACAGUCACAUCAUGGCUCGAACUCACUCAUCCUCAUCAUUGCCUGAUUUCGACUUGGCCAGCCCCGGUCCGGCGAGCGCGGGCUCCCCACAGACGCCGACCGGAGACUUCUUCUUCGACGCAGACGUUACCUCACCCAGCCGGCCCGUGCUGUGCUCUCAGUACUUCCACGGGGGCCCAGGGUCUUCCCACCCUUUCUGCCAGCCCACCUCGCUGUACGCCCCCGCCUCUGCUCCUGAGCACAUGGUGAACCACGUUCAGUUGGCCCACCUGCCGCAGUACCAGACGGCCCCCUACAUGACCGCCACCAGCUUCCACUUCCCGUACGCCGCGCCCCCGCCCUCCGCCAGCCCCGCGCCGUCCCACCCGCCUCUGAGCCGCGUCCCGAGCAACCCCAGCUUCUCCUCGCCGACUCUGGGCUCCCCCGGCCACCAGGGGGAGACGCCGAGCCCGGGCAGCGAGGGCAGCCCCCUGUCCCCGCCUCCCCAGCACGCCCAGCACUCCCAGCACCCCGGCAUGUGGCCGCCCCAGUCUCAGCCUCUCUUCUCUCUGGCCAACGUGCUGUCGAUGGCCAUGAGCAUGGCACACUCCUUCAUGCCCGGCACCACCCUGGCCAGCACCAUGACGGCCGGCGUGCCGCCCGCGCUGGCCGGCUUCCACUCUCCCAUGCCCCCCCACGUCCUCCCCCAGAUCGGUUACCCCUUUGGUCCCAAUUACCAGGUGGCACCGGGGGAGUCCUCCUACCACCAGGGGGCGUUGGCAGGGCAGCUGGACUUCUACCAGAGGGCCGAUUCGCACUCUACGCUGCAAGAGGGUGGUUUCGCGCCCAUGUACCCGGGAACCCUUGGCAUCCCUCAGAUGAACACGCCCCCCUUCAGAAUGCCUGAGCCCACAUUCCCUGUGGAAUCCCCCGCACAGUAUGUCUCCACCCAUAUCAGCUCCCCUUCCUCACCACAGCCAAGUCCCCAGAUUUACGGCAUCCCGCCCUUCACGGCCCUGACCAAGGGCCGGCCUGACAGAGGGAGCUCCCUCUCCGCAUCCUCCAGCUCGCCCCCGGACAGCCCACAGAGCACGGUUUCAUCGACCAGCACAAGGUCUGUGUCUCCCCCCACAGCGUCUGAGGGAGCCGAUGGUGCCGCCAAGGUCAGACCCUCUCCCGUUUGUGAAGCAGUCUCUGAGGCCAAAUCUACGGUCAUAGUAGGACGAUUCCAGGUGACACCCAGCAAGGUGACCACAGGGCCUGCCCCGCCCAGCCCGGCCCCAGCGUCGCCCAGCCCAGCCCCAACCCCAGCCCCAGCCCCGCCCCCCGCUGUCCCCAGCCCGCCCUCUUCGCUUGGGGAAAUUGAGACGGAGAGCAGCACAGAAGGGCCAGGAGAGUCGGAGAGCAGCCUGAGUGCCUCUCAGUCCGCCCCCCUCCUCCAUCAGUCACCUGGGGGGGCGGUUCUCGAACAGGAGGGUCGGCCCCUGUGGGAGGUGGCCAAGAAUCGGCCGGAAGAAGAGGAGCAGCCAGAGGAAGACGAAGGGGAGGAGCCAGGCCGACUGAACCGGCGACAGGGGCGGCGCCUCAGCCUGAUGGGCACCUCGGCGGACAGCGGCCUGUCGGUGACGGCGCAGGACUUCGACGGGCGGCUGUGGGAGGGCGAUCUCGAGAGCCCCCAGUACAAUGCCCCCUUGCACCACCUGUGGAUGACCUACACCCGCAGCUCCUCCUACCUGAGCAGCGACGACACGGAGAGCGAGGACGAGGACAUGUGGGAGGAGCUACAGGAGCUCCGGGAUAGACACCUGUCGGAGGUGCAGUCCCUGCAGGCCAGCCAGAAGAAGGAGAUCGAGGAGCUGUACGAGAAGAUCGGGAAGGCGCCGCCGCCGGGCAUCGUCUCCCCCGCCGCCAUGCUGUCCAACCGACAGCGGCGCAUGUCCAAAGGCGGGGGCUUCCCCCCCUCCCGACGCAACAGCCUGCAGAGAUUGGAAAUCUUGCCCCCUGCUGGCAUCAUGAGGAAGAACUCGUUCAGCAGCAGCAGCAGUGGCUCCCAGGACCGGCCCAGCAAAGGGGUGACAUUUGCAGCAGACUACAGCAUAAUGUGAGACUCCCCUCUAGGGAGCGUCUCUCUCUGGCCUACCUCAUUCGAAGCCUGACUGCCCCGCUGGAGGAAGUGACAUCACAGACAGUCCCGUCAUCCAGCCCCCCCCCCCCCCCCUUCCCCCAGACGAGGAGAGGACAGCGGGCUUCCCGUUAACGGGACGGGAGCCUCCCCGCGUGUCACGCAGCCGAGGGGACCCGGGGACAGCUGCCGCUCCUUCAGACCCCGCCCCCUCCUUAGAGAAACGCUGCCGACUCCUCGCAGGGCGCCAGACGCUCGCGGCUUUCCUUCGGCCGCAGCGGUCGAAAAAAUUCCAAAGUCCUUCUGUGAAAGAAACUGACCCUUGAGUGGGGAUACGCUUCCUGUCACGCCCUUGUGAAUACAACGUCUGCCGCUUUCCGCUCACACUAGUUUGGUGUCCCUGCCCAGAUUUCUGCCAGGACACACCCCAUGCGCUGGUACCACUGCUUGAUGAUAUCUGAGGAAGGUAGUGGUUGGAGAAGUGUUUUCUAGAGUGCUAGAGCUGCUGCUGUAAUUCAGGACAGGGACGUGAGAAAAGCUCUUGGAUUCUCCCUGUGACAGCUAUACUGUGCUUAUCUCUCAGAUGCCUGGUUCUUUUUGCACUUGAGUGAGUCUGGCGGAUUCGUUCGCAACACUCCCCAGCUGAUGAUGCACAGCACUGUCCUCCACAGAGAUCUGCUGUUUGGAUGUCAUUUGUCUCCACACUCCUGCUUGCUUUCCAGCACUGUAGCAAUGCAGGGAAAGCGGUAAUCUUCUCCUGAGCCAAUCAAGAAAUAUUCUUGCUUGAGCAGUACAGGCCUUUUAUUCUGUAAGAAAUUAAAUUAUUUGACUAUGUUACCUGAAAUAAACAGAAUACCAGAAUAUGUAUUACGGAACGUUUGAGUAAAAAUAUAUCUAAUGUCAUGUUAAUUGUUCAAGCAAUUGCUUGAAGGACUUUUUGCUGACUUCAAUCAAAAUCUGUGAUUUUCUUACGCUGACACACAAGGUGAGAUUCUACCACCCAUGGCUGAGACACUGUGCUCCAGAACUAAAUCUCUUCCAAAUUCUGACAUCUAAUCCUGACGAUUAGUAUUAUUUUAAAAUUAUUAUUAGUGCUGUCACUGUUAAUAGUAAUGUAGAGCUUAUGUAGAGCUUGUACAUAAAUAUGUAACGAACAUCAAAAAUGAUCAAAAUGGUAAAGGAGAAACAAAUAUAGUAAAAUAGUUCCACUAAUGCAUUGUGCUAUCUAUUCACAAAUUGUAGCAAAGUAGUUCUUAAAAUAUGAAGGUUACAUCAGCUGGCUUGCACUUUGAAAGUAUUUACAUACUGUAUAUAGACAGAAUCACACUUGGUAGUAUUUUUAGUUUUGAUUGAAUCAUGAUAGAUACUCUCUUCAUUCCCUUAAAUGUGCAGUCUGUCCUCUUGUGUUUAUGUAUACUUUAUUCUUUAGUCUUGAAUUUUGAGUGAUUCUGUUCGUAAGCUUGGCAUAUUUUAAACUCUCCAUCAUGCAUGUGUGGUUAAUAUUUGAUAUAUAAUGUACAGGGUACCAAAUUAUAUAUUUUGAAUGCAAAUUGCCUUUGUCAAAACACUGCAAGACCUAAGACAUUUACAUAGCUCACAAUUUCAUAUAUCAGCACUGCACACAAGAAACAACAGCCACAUCUCACAAAUGCGAAAACAAUCUGUGCGUGAUGAACACAGACAAUAUUCCAACUGCACUGUUAAAAUGCAGUUUGGCAAAUCAGAUUGUUUCAGUAUGUAUCAUUAUGGCAUACAUAGCAGAUAUAGCUAUAGCAAGUUUAGAAUUUCCAUGAGGGAUGGUAGAUAUUUUAAGGUUGGCUCUUGAUUUUUCCCCCCAUCUUACUGCCAGAUACAAUUAAAUACAACAAAAAUAUUUUACAGUCUGAGAAAAUUUAGGAGCCUGAAUUUUAAACACUUAUUUCUUAAAGACAUUCGGUAAACACUGUACUUGGAUGAGGCAAAACUAAGCUGUGACCCUCAUCAGGACAAAGUGUUUCAAAUAUCAGUACAGAACCGUAAUGCCUGGAGUGGACACACUUUAGGUUAACUUUGCGCUUUAGAUUCAAUUCUGUAGCAUUGGUCUCACACCAAAGCCGAUGACUUGCACAAGCCAUGCAGACUGGUUCAAAAUAGGUCCUAACACAGUCAAAGAAAACGUGGGAAGAAGUCUUCUUGAAAUCCUUACCUCGACACUUAAAGUGUUCCCAUAUUGCCUUAGACAUGAAUAACUGUGAAUGUGAUCCCAAAUUCGAGAAAGCCCCAAUGCACGUUACUGAAGAGCAUCUAAAAUCUGAACUGACCGUUGAAAUGGCUAGUGUGCUCUCCACGGUGGCAAUCAGACAAUAAAGAGUAAAGUGGAAAAUAAAGCAGAAUGGUACACAAACAAGACACUCCACAAUGUGAGUGCCUGUCAAGGCGUUUCUGUUCAUGUUCUUUCCACUCCAUCUGUCCAUGCUGCUUGAAAUGACACAGCUAUUAAAAUACAGUGUACGUUGGUUGUUGGUUGGUCACACAAGCAUGGACGUCUGGGAGCACUGUUAACUGAAUACUGUUACCCGAAGCACAGUGGGGGUCUGCACCAAAGUUUACUAACAAUUUUGUUGUACGUUUCUAAAAAAAAAAAAGUCAUUAUUUGUUCAUGCAAAGCAUUUGCCUGCAAUAUUGUUGUAACAUAGUCUAUCAAAAUAUGGAAAUUAAAGUUUAAGCGUUUCAUAGUUGAGGCAUUGCACUUUAUUGGCUGUUUUGUCUAUCUCGAUGCAGGAGGCAGGGAGUUAAUUGUAAAUAGUGAUGUAACUGUAAAGUGGAUACAGACUCCUUAAUCAGUAAUCAGUCUGUGUGCCUAUAUUCAUAAACAUUCUUGAAUAUAUUUGUUGCAAAAAAAAAAAAAAUCAAAGCUGUGAAUGCAUAACUAUUGCCUUACAGUAUGCAUACUGGCAAAGAAUGUAGGAAAUGUGGAGUAUUAGAGAUUGUAUUUAAAGAAGCAAACCACAAAACUAUAUUUAGAAAUAGAAAUGUGAUGAUCAACUUUAAUUUGUGAAUGUAUGAUUUUGCCAGUUUUGUUGCUAGGAAACACAAAGCUGUUGUACUGCCAUGCUGUAUCUGUGCCUUUUCUUUUUUACCCUCUUAAAUUUGAUUUAUAUGGUCUCCUCAAUCAUAUUUGUAAAUACAGGUAAUAAAAUUUUAAAUAUAACAG